AAAGUCUAAUGCCUUUCAUUACAAGGAAGGUGGAUGUUUGGUGUAGACAUGAAACAGGGUUCUUCUUCGAAAUAAUUCAUGCCACCAAUAAGUAUGAGUAUGGCUAACCUCCCAGAGGAAGCUGCUAAGCUUCUGGAUUUUAACCAGAAGCUGGACAUAAAUCUCCUGGACAACAUCGUUGCUAUGAUGUAUACAGGAGAUGGACAGCAGCGUAUGGCACAAGAGGUACUUACUACACUUAAAGAACAUCCAGAUGCAUGGACGAGGGUAGAUACCAUAUUGGAAUACUCCAGCAAUCAACAGACCAAGUAUUAUGCUCUCCAAAUAUUAGAAAAUGUCAUAAAAACUAGGUGGAAAGUCCUACCAAGACCACAGUGUGAAGGUAUAAAGAAAUAUAUUGUUGGGUUGAUAAUCAAAACAUCUUCUGAUGCUACCAUGUUAGAACAAGAAAAAGUCUACAUAGGGAAACUUAACAUGAUCCUUGUUCAAAUUUUGAAAUAUGAAUGGCCACGAAACUGGCCAUCUUUCAUAUGUGAUAUAGUUGGUGCUAGCAAAACAAAUGAGUCACUUUGUCAGAACAACAUGAUCAUCUUAAAGCUUUUGAGUGAAGAAGUAUUUGACUUCAGCAGUGGCCAGAUGACACAAGCUAAAGCCAAACAUCUAAAGGAUAGUAUGUGUUCAGAAUUCUCACAGAUCUUUCAACUUUGUCAGUUUGUUAUGGAUAAUUCUCAAAAUGCACCUCUUGUUGGAUCAACAUUGGAAACAUUAUUACGAUUUCUCAACUGGAUCCCUCUUGGCUAUAUUUUUGAAACAAAAUUGAUCAGUACAUUGAUUUACAAGUUUUUGAAUGUGCCAAUGUUCAGGAAUGUCACAUUAAAGUGUCUCACAGAAAUUGCUGCUGUUCAGGUAUCACAAUAUGAUGACCAAUUUUUACUGCUCUUCAAUUUAGGAAUGGGGCAACUGAAACAGAUGCUCCCACUUCAAACUAACCUGAGGGAAGCUUACCAAAGUGGGACAGAUGAUGAACAGAACUUCAUACAAAAUCUCAGCCUUUUUCUGUGUUCCUAUUUAAAAGAGCAUAGUACAUUAAUUGAAAGAAAACAAGAAAAUCAUGAGGUUUUACUAGAGGCACUUAAUUACCUUAUCCUGAUAUCAGAAGUCGAUGAAGUGGAGAUUUUCAAAAUAUGUCUAGAAUAUUGGAAUAGUCUGGCUGCAGAUAUUUACAGGGAGAGUCCAUUUUCUGCUACAAGUUCCUCUCCACUUCUUCUGGGCAAGUCUCACCACAAUGAACUACCAGCCCGAAGACAGCUUUACAACCCUGUAUUAUCGCGCGUACGAAGAGUGAUGAUCUCUAGAAUGGCAAAACCUGAAGAGGUGCUGGUGGUGGAAAAUGAACAAGGAGAGGUUGUUAGAGAAUUCAUGAAAGACACAGACUCAAUUAAUUUAUACAAGAACAUGAGAGAAACUCUGGUUUAUCUGACACAUUUGGACUGUGCUGACACUGAAUCUAUUAUGACUGAAAAACUACACAAUCAAGUGAAUGGAACUGAAUGGUCAUGGAAAAAUCUCAAUACGCUGUGUUGGGCUAUUGGGUCUAUCAGUGGUGCAAUGCAUGAAGAUGAUGAAAAGAGAUUCUUAGUGAUUGUGAUAAAGGACUUGCUUGGUCUAUGUGAGCAGAAGAGAGGAAAGGAUAACAAAGCCAUCAUAGCAUCCAAUAUCAUGUAUGUGGUAGGGCAGUACCCACGAUUUCUCCGGGCACAUUGGAAGUUUCUCAAGACAGUUGUCAACAAGUUAUUUGAAUUUAUGCAUGAAACUCAUGAUGGUGUACAAGAUAUGGCCUGUGACACCUUUAUCAAGAUAGCACAGAAAUGUCGUCGUCAUUUUGUACAGGUACAGGUGGGCGAGGUCAUGCCUUUCAUUGAGGAAAUUUUAAAUGGCAUCAACACAAUUAUCUGUGAUCUACAACCACAACAGGUCCACACAUUUUAUGAGGCAGUGGGUUUAAUGAUCAGUGCACAGACCGAUCAGGUAGCUCAAGAACAUCUAAUCGAGAGGUACAUGCUACUACCAAACCAAGUAUGGGAUGGCAUCAUUAAUCAGGCUACACAGAAUGUAGAGGUCCUUAAGGAUGGUGAUGCUGUAAAACAACUUGGAAAUAUUCUGAAAACUAAUGUGCGAGCUUGUAAAGCUUUAGGUCACCCCUAUGUUGUACAGUUGGGAAGGAUAUAUCUGGAUAUGUUAAAUGUGUACAAAGUCAUGAGUGAGAAUAUCAGCAGUGCCAUAGCGACCAAUGGUGAGAGUGUCACCAAACAGCCGCUCAUCAGGAGCAUGAGAACAGUCAAGAAAGAAACACUCAAGUUGAUAUCAGGAUGGGUCAGUCGAUCCAAUGACCCUGCUAUGGUUGCAGAGAACUUCAUCCCACCUCUAUUAGAUGCUGUAUUACUUGACUAUCAAAGGAAUGUGCCAGCUGCUAGGGAACCAGAAGUGCUGAGCACAAUGGCCACCAUUGUCAACAGAUUGGAAAAUCAUAUUACCAAGGAUAUUCCCCAGAUCUUUGAUGCUGUAUUUGAAUGUACAUUGGACAUGAUCAACAAGGACUUUGAAGAGUUUCCAGAACAUAGAACAAAUUUCUUUUUGCUCCUGCAAGCUGUCAACUCACAUUGCUUCCAAGCUUUCUUGAAUAUUCCACCUGCGCAAUUUAAGUUGGUGUUGGAUUCAAUAAUUUGGGCAUUUAAACACACUAUGAGGAAUGUUGCAGACACUGGACUAGACAUUCUCUAUGUAUUGCUUCAGAAUAUAGCCAAUGAGGAGACGGCUGCCCAGAGCUUCUAUCAGACUUACUUCACAGACAUAUUACAGCAUGUGUUUUCUGUUGUGACAGACAGUUCACACACUGCAGGUUUGACAACACAAGCAACAAUUUUGGCGUACAUGUUUGUAUUAGUGGAGACAGGCAAAGUCACAGUGGCUCUUGGUUCCAAUUCAUCAUCAUCACAAAACGUUCAAUACAUACAGCAGUUUCUCCUCAACCUUCUCAAAGCAGCAUUUCCUCAUCUCAAUGAGCCACAAAUCCGUGUGUUUAUUGAGGGUGCUUUCAGCUUCGAUAGAGAUAUCCCAGCAUUCAAGGAGCAUGUCCGGGAUUUCCUUGUGCAGAUCAGGGAGUUUGCUGGUGAAGACAACAGUGACUUGUUCCUUGAGGAGCGAGAAGCAGCAAUAAAACAAGCUGCUGAUGAGAAACGAAAGGUACAGAUGGCUGUUCCUGGUAUCAUAGGACCACAUGAGAUUCAGGAAGACAUGCAGGAUUAAAGUUACCAAGGAUUACUUUUGGUCCAGUGAAUCUCUGCUGUAACAUGAAAAGGGAACACUUCCAAUUGGGAGCUGGUUCAUCAUCUGCUUGGUCAGAAAGCAGAACAUUGAACAUGAUCAAGUGAUGAAGCAAUGGACCGGGUGCACUUCAGAGAGCCACAUGGGUUCGUGAUUGAUCUGUUUGUCACACAUGUCUAUCUUGGAAUUCCCACCUAAGUACAUGUUGUGAUCUUAAAAUGCAAAAGAUCCUGUAAGUGGACUGGAUGACCUAAUCACCUAUUGAUGAAGGAGCAUAAUGAGUAAAGGUAUUAUUGAUACAGCUUGUAGCUGUAUAUAAAAUUAUGGAAAUGGAGGGUUGAAUGUCUCUUCACAUAACAGAUGAUAGAUUGAUAACAGACAAUCUGUGAAGCGAGGUGUUUAAAUCUCGGCUUAGUGCUUUUUAAAUAUGAAAGAGAGUAUACAGCUUGUAUGUGAUGUAUGUUAUCUGAAGUAAAUGAUUAGAGAAAUCGAGUUUGAACCAUGUUAUACCAUGUUAUAUUGAACAAUGAAUUACAGUUAUAGGUUAUAAAUGCAGCAUUGACUUUUUAAUUACGCAAUGCAAAUCUUUGGUACUCGUACCAACGAUGUCAGAAUUGGAAACUCACUUUCCUUGAUAUAUUAUAAACACUAAAUAACUUGAUAUUCUGAAUAUUUAGUUUUUGCCAGGAGGCUAAAACCAACACUGCUUUUCAAUGUCUAUAUCUUGGAGGAAUUUCUUCUCCCUAAACAGUAAAGAAAAUAUCAGGAAUGAGGGAAAGUUAAGUUUACAGAUAAAAGGGUCCAUCCUUUAGUAUCUGCGAUAUUAAAUUUUGAACAUGUUUACAGAGCACAUGGUCAAUUCAAAAUUAAGAUAUCAAAUGAUUUAGUGCACAAAAGUACAUCUUCAAGUUGUUGGCUUUAAGUAAACCUAUUACUUUUACUAAAUACAUUUUUUUUCUUAAGAUUGUGUGGGUUUUUUUUUUUUUUUUUAUCAAAUUCAGAGCUCAUAAAUGAAAUGUUUAGUUAUUUUUGCUAGACUUAAUGCGAGUCUUUGGUUGGCAGAGCUAUAAAUACUUUAAGUAUGAUUGGGUGAAGGCUGUCUUCAACUGUGUUGUAAGUAUCAUAUACUGUUACAAUACUCUUGCCAAAACUUUGAAUACAGCAAAGGGAGGGAGGAGUGUCUAAACAUUUUUUUCAAUUUUUUUUUCUAGAAGUCUUUCCACAUAUAAGCUAGGCCUUAAUAAGUUAAAUGUCUCAACAAUUACAUGCUAAUCACUAAGCUAUUUCCUCCAACAGUACUGGAAAAAAAUGUAUUUUAAUAGCUUUGAUCAUGUCGUAAUCACUAUGAGAAUGUUGAUAUUUUAUGUAUGAUACGAUUGUGUUCUCUGUAUAUUGGUAAUCCUUGCACUGGAAGACGAAAUAAUGACUUGCAUUACGAGGAUUAGCAAUUUAACAGCAUGUUAUGUUUUCACAAAUAAUUUUGAUUUAAUUGAAUAUUUUGUAUACAUACAGUAAAAUAGAUCAAAAGACAGUGAAGUGUCAUAUUUGAUAGAAGUACUUGAAAGAAAUCAGUGGUUUUAUUCUGAUUUAGAGUACUUUAUAAAUCUGAAGUUUAUCACUUGCUGAUUUGUCACUGGAUUUAGUUCUGGAAAUUACUGAAAUGGUAUAUUUAAUAGACAGAUUUGCUCUUAUUCCAAGUGAAAUAUACUGAUGACAUCUCAUUUGUCGAUGCAAUGGAAACAGAAACAAUAUAAAACCAUUGCCACUAUGUUGUCAUUAUCACAGAUUAGUUCUCCUGAGUAUGAAUGGUUUAGAAGCGAUCAGAGUGGGGUUUUCUUUCUUUAUUUUUUUAAUGAAAUUGCAAAUGUAUAAAAUAAUGGAAAACAUUUCAUUAACUUGUUACUGUAAGGUUCCAAUGUCAUGAAAUACAUAGUGUUUUUGUAAAUCAAAAUUGACGCGUAUCUUUUUGUUUACUUUGGUCUCGCUUUACCAUUGAUAAUGACGUAACAAUUGAAAUCCACACUCUAAGUCAAGUAAAUGCAAGUGUUUGAUAUCAGGCAUUUUUUUACUCGCUCAGAUAGAGCCUUCCUUUUGAAUUAAUGGAGGACGAAAAAGAACUGAUGAUGCUGUGACGUAUCGUCUGUCGUUUAGGUGAGGCCAUCAGAAUUUAAGCUUUGAAAAAAGGCCUUCUUAAAACAAGAAAAGUUAACAUCCAUGAUACCAAGUGAGUGUUGUAAUCCCAGUGGAAUUAUGACUAGAUCUAUUGGCAUUUAAGUUAAGAGUAUAAUGGCAGUAAUAUUUCAAUGUAUCAAUAAUUAUUUGGUAUUCAUGUACAAUAUGUUGUGGUGCUUGAAAGGCAUGGACUUCAAUAUUUGUAUGCUCAUAUUUAAUUUUUAAAACACCAACAAUUACUUUGUAAAUUUGCUUCAAACACCAUAAAGGUCAUUUCCUUGUCAGAUCCACCAUGUAGAUUCCAUGUUUAGUUUAUCAUAGACUGACUAUAAUAGCCUUGUAGUGUGUUAAAUUUAAAUUUGGAGCAUUACAACAGAACAUGUACAUGUAAUACCAGAUCAGUGGUUGUGUAAGAGAGGUAUUUUUCUUCUAGAAUUGAUCAUCUGGAAUUUAGUCGGAUUUCUUACUAAUAUGCAGCUAAAAAUCAAUAAUGCUGUUAUGUAACAGUAAAUUAUUAAAUAUCAUUAUAUUUCUUAAGCUGUUUUCUUAAAGAAACAAACUAUUGAACUGUUUACAUUAAACAUAUUACCUCACCUGAUAUUUUAAUGGAAAAAUCCUCUCUUUAAAGAUUUUCUGUUUAAAUGAAUAUACAUUGUACAGGUAUUGCCUUGCUUCUAAAAGGUAAUUUGCAUCACUUACGUACCAUGUUAUCAAACUGAAUAAAUAAUUGUUUUACAAUUUGAAUUUAAAUUUUGAUUUAAAUAAAAUGUUCAACAGCAAUGGGAAAAAAAUUAAAAAAAUUCUAAAUUCCUGUAA